CACAAAUUAAAUAUUUUUCUCUCCCGAUUAUCAAAUCCUCCCAAUUAUCAAAUCCGAUUCCCCUUUCCCCUCCCCGUCUCUCACACCAUACAUUCCCCUCCCUCCGCCGCCAUUCACUGUACUCCGUCACAUUGAAUUUUACAGCCAACACUACUUUUCUUCUAUUUUUUGCUCCGUUUUUUCUUCUUAUUUGCUAUUGAAAUGCCUUGAAAUAAAUGAUAGAUUUUUAUUACAUACACAUCAAGAAUCAGGUUCAAGCUUUAUUGAAUAAUUUAUUGAGAUAAAUUAUUAUCUAUUUUUAACUAUUUAGUUGUUGUGUAUUUGAUGAUCUAUUUAGCGAGUGGUGUUUUUCUUAACUUCUUAUUCACUUGAUGCAGCAAUCGAAGCAAGAAGGAAAAACAGAUUAGUUGGCGCAUCUUAUUGUCAUCUCUUUGGAUAUCUAUUUAAUUAUGUCUUGGCAUUUUCGAGCUCUUCUUUAGCUCAUUACUAUGAUUUGGAUAUUAUUGAUGAUUUUUCUGUAACAGUGAUGAUUUUGUGGGGUUAUUUUGAUUCAAUUUUUUGUUUCAGUACGUUGUCAAUUUGUGCUCCCCUUUUCUAUAGAAAUCAGAAUAUGUUUUUAAUUGGUUCCCCUGUGAGAAUGAUUUGUUGAUAGCUUGAAUGUAUAGUUGUUGAAAUUACUUUGUUAAUGACUGUUAUUAAUUCUACUCUCGAAUAUUGGCCUUACGAAGAAAGGUUCCUAAUUUCUCACUUUUUAAUGUAUGCACUUAUGUUUGAUGAUGGCUUUAUGGAAGAGUUAUUAUUUGAUGAAUUUAACAUGAUGAAAUAGAAUAUGAGCAUGAAGAGUUGGUGGAGUUCAGAUGGAGAGAAUUAGGAGAAGAGACACAGGAAAUUCAUGAAGCGAAUUCGUGGUUCGAGUUGCUGUCUGUUUUACACAUGAUGGCAAUGCUGACACUGAUCGAGGCAAAUGAGAAGCUAAUUCCUAAAAAAAAUUGCAUGAGAGAUGCUGUUGAUUUGCUGCUGAAAGCAGAAGGGUAUUUGAAUUUUUAUGUUCUUGAUGUUCUUCCACAGCUAGCACCUGAGAUAAAGUGCAUAAAAUCAUUCUUGAGAUCGAAGAAGCUGCCUUCGGAUAAGCCUUUGGAUAUGCAGGGGCACAUGCUAGAAGCGAUUUUACAUCAAGCACUGGCACAAGUAGAAGCUGCCUUCUAUUACAACUUGAACAGAACAACAAUCUUAAAAAACAGGCAUGAAGUUGAAGUGUCUGAGCUUCAUCCGUUGCGGCUUCGGCUUCUUCGGGAGAAGAAGACACGCUGAGCCUGCAAGUGGCGCAGAAUGCCUGUGAGCAACUGCUUUGGAGCUUCUUCUGCUUCUUGUCUCUGCUUAUUUGCAUUCUCACUCAUUAAUUUCAAGUAAAAUGCCAACUCUCAAAUAAGAUUUGAUUUAUGUAAUAAGACAUUGGGAUCUCGCUAAUCAUGAUUGUGUCUUGAGAUUAGAGUGCAGGAAUGUGUGUAGAAGUUGCGGCCUGUCUGGAUUUGGAAGAUUGAAUCUGAUUUAGGAAGGGAGGAUUAUAUUGUUUAUUGCAUAAAUAUAACUUUAGUUUCUUUUACAGUAAUGUAUUAGGUGGCUUGCUUUCCCAAUUGCGGCUCAAGUUUAAAGGAACUAAUGUCAAGAAUCAAUUUCUCUC